AUGAAGACUAUGACUUCAAUCUCCAACGUAUCACUGCAGCCAGAUGUUCAUAACCACAGCACACCGCACAGCUGCAGCAUCGACGAGUCCUACAAGUACAUCAUCUUGCCUCUGUGCUACUCCUUGACCUUCUUGCUCAGCCUCGUCCUGAACUCCACCGUCCUCCUUCGGUCCUACCGGUGCAGGAGCGGCCGUCAGUGGAACACUUCGCUGAUCUACAUGGUCAAUCUGGCCUCCACGGAUCUGAUGUACAGCUUCUCGCUGCCGUUCCUCGUGGCCAGCUAUGUGAUGCGUGACCAUUGGGUUUUUGGAGACUUCAUGUGCAGGCUGGUGCGUUUCUUGUUUUACUUCAACCUGUACUGCAGCAUCUUCUUCCUCACCUGUAUAUCCGUCCAUCGCUACAUGGGAAUCUGUCAUCCGAUCAGAAACAUUGCUUUGGAGAGCAAGCGGGCGGUUAGGGGCAUUUGCGCAACUGUUUGGGUCAUAGUGUUCAUCCUUACAUGCCCAAUCGUCCGGUUUGCCAAAACAGGGGAUGUUUUGAGGAAAAUCGGAGGUGGGGUGAACGAAGGAACCGAUUCUUGGUCGGAAAGUAGUGGAGAUGCUGGAAAAGUCGAGGUGGAGGUAUAUAGGAACUGUUGGGAUGAUGCAAUUGAUAGUGAGUUUUCUGAAUACGUGCCUUAUGGAAUCGUUCUACACCUUCUGGGCUUCUUCUUCCCUUUUAUCGUCAUUGCAUGGUGUUACUCACAGGUGGUGUGGACCAUCUUCCAAACGCUUCACUCCCAGCCCCAGGUGCAAGAGGAAGGGGGAAUGUGCAGCGGGGUCGAAGGGGUCAAAGACAGGACGUCCGUGUCCAUCUCUGGCUCUCCACAUGCACCGUACCUCAAUAGGCGGCGCAAGUCCAUUAAAACCAUCAUCACCAUCACCAUCCUGUUCGCGCUGUGCUUCCUGCCCUUCCACAUCACACGCACUCUCUUCCUCGUCCUCAAGGAAACCAAGGCCGUCGAGUGCCAAACCAUGCGGAUGGUUUCCAUUUGCUACAAGAUCACUCGGCCGCUGGCUUCCUGCAAUUCCUGGCUCAAUGCACUCCUUUAUUUCUUAACAGGAGACAAAAGCUUAGCCUGCUGUGGACGGACCAGCGGCGGUCACAACACCCACCUGCUCUGGCCUUUACAGAUUCUUGGAGGACAGAAAGAGGCUGAGGAUCAAGAGCAAGGCAAUUCACAUAAAGCAGAGGAAGCUCAUGAAAGUGACUCGAAAUCUUCAGGAAUAACAUAG